AUGCUGGCGAUGCGUUUGCUGGUCCUGCGCGUGUCUCCAGCCGUACGUAAGCAAGCAACGCGUGCUUUUAGUGGUAACUGGGAGUAUCCCAAGGUAGAAGGGAGUGUGGUGGAUAUUACUAAGGCUUUAACAACCAUUGGUGCACGUCUGUCCAUUCCCACGGCACCGCUGUACUUUACGCCGCUUAAGGUCGAUCACAUUGUGCGUGAAAUGAAGGGAAAGGAAGAGCUGUUGAUGGUACAAAAGACGCUGAUUCUGUGUGAUGCGAAGAUGGCUUAUCCUUCAAACUUUGCUGCUGGCAGUUUUUUCUCGGCUUGCAUUAAACUGGACGUGGCCGACAUUGCACUCGAGUUCUUGCGCCAGGCCGAGAACGUGCGGCAUUACGUGAAAAAUCAGAGUUUUUUGCGUCUGGCUGAGCAUUUUGAUAGUCAAGAGAAUCAAGAAGCUGUGGAUGAGCUUGUGCAAAUUAUGCUGAAGAAACGUGUGCCCGUGACCUACAAGAUGUACACGUUUCGCGUGCUUAACGCCAAGAAGCAGGGCAAGUGGGAAGAAGCAGUAGCAGUUGCUAAGGAAGCGGCCAACAAUACUCAGAUUAACUCUCACCUUAUUAUUCAGCUGCUGCAGGAUAAAAACGGAUGCAUUUUGAAGGAGCACAUCCCGUUAGCCAAGUAUCUUGCGGACAAGGGUGACGUGUAUGUGAAUGCAUGCCUUGCUGACAUAUUUGCAGGAGGAAAUGGUAAGCUGCCGAUGAUCAAGGUAGAGGAGCCGGAAAAGACUGAAAGUGAAAAUAGAAAUGGAGAAAAGGAGGCUGAGAACAAGUAG